CGCAAAUUUGCCCUGAAGCGCGCACUGCUCCGAGCCAAGACCCCAGCCCCAAGAGACCAACACUCUUCAUUCCAAAGUUUUUAUACUAUGGAGUUCGCCCGCCGCUUUUCCCACACCAGCGAGAUGCUUCAGGCCACUACGUUUAAGGACGCGCGGCAACCCGGAGGCCUGCACGUGGACACGAACAACAACCGUAGCCCCAAGAGCCCCCAGGAGCCGCAGCACGAUGCCAGUCCUACGUCCAGCCCGAAUUUGGGCCCACGCUCAGCGCCGUCGUCUUCGCACAGCAUGGAUAACCAGCGUCGGCGCCGCAGCCACUCAGAGUGCCUCCUUCUAGCCAAGACAAACGGCACGCAGGAUCUUCCCGGACCCUGCGCAGAGUACAUCAGCAAUGUGAAGCAGAUGCUGGCCCGCAAUGAGGAUCAACUCACGCAGCUGAAGCGGCGCCGAAGCAUGAACCUUAGCCACCCUUCGCUGUUCAAGUAAAACUCCAGUCCGAGACGGACCCGCAGCGAAGAGUAAGCUGCACGUUGGCGUCGGCCGACAGAGCGUCGACAACGUUAUUUUAUAAGGAACCAAGCUGUUGUAUUUAAUACCAAGACCAGUAUACUCCGUUUGACUCAAAACUUUAGCCCCAAAUGUUGUUAGCUUUUACUACUAGUAUCUUGUUGAACACUACACUAAUCCCUGAUGUGUGAAUGCAGUAAGGGGGAAAGCUACCUUGAGUUUGUCCUCGCUCAGCGCGCAGAUGGGCAGACGACAGAGCUCACACUCGUACAUCUCCCAAGUGUCAGAAGAGGA